UCCACUGGUUAACGGUUUGUUGAGCUCCUUGUGUGACAGAUUUGGUGGAUUGUUGCAGAAUGUCAAAAUUUUGCCAACAGGUGACAAAAUUAAGAAGAACCUAAAUUUUUCUUCAAUGCUUUACCUAAUGGUCUCAGCCUUAGAUCCCAGUUAUUCGUUACUUUGGCUAGAGGAAGACCAUCCUGGACCAGAUGAUGUCAAAAGAUUUGUUCGUGAACAUAUUGCGACUCUUAUAACAGCAGAGGUUUCGGCCAUUAUAGUAAAGUCGCAAACCACUCAAGAUCUAUUGGCACCUUCUACUCAAAAUUUAUUGCCCCCAACAGUAGAAGAGGAGGAACCUCAAGAACAGCUCGACCAAAAUGGUGGUGCUAGUAGUGACGUGACUCUUUCAUGCAAGCGUAAAUCAGUUUAUGAAUGCUAAAUUAUCACACCAACUAAGAUCUAGUAGCAUUCAAACAUUUUUUUUGACACAAGCAAAAACCCAAGCAAGUAGAUCCAGCAUUCAAUAUUCUAAACUGGAAACAAUGUAUUAAUACGUUAUAAUAUAUUAUAAAUACAUUUACACUAGCCUAAAUAAAGAAGGGGCGUAAAGCUGGUCAAUAAAUAGUACCUGUUUACUCUUUACAUUAGUGAGCAUGGGUUUUAUUGGACUUCUUUGAACCUAAUUCUUGAUCCCGGUCUUGUAAAAACUUUUAAAGUCUUGGUCUUGGUCUUGGGUUGAUUUUUUAAUGUCUUGGUCUUGGUCUUUGUCUUGAAGCAUUCAGUCUUGG